AUGGGGGCGGAGGGGGCGGGCGGAGGCUGGCCGUGGCUGGCGCUGGCUUGGGGGCUCUUCCUGAGCCAGGCCGCUUGCCAGACGCCUCUGCAGGGCUUCCGGUUGGUCUCCUACGAAGUGGUGGUCCCCAAGAGGGUGGCGCUGCGGCGGGGGCGGGCGGCCCAGGACCUGACCUACCUGCUGGAGCUCGAGGGGAAGAGCCUGCUGGUGCACCUCCGGCAGAAGAGGGGCUUCAUCCCUAAGCACUUCCCGGUCUUCACCUACAGCCAGGAGGGGGGCCUGCAGGUGGACUACCCUUUCGUCCGGGCGGACUGCUUCUACCAUGGCCUGGUCCAAGGCAGGCCUUCCUCGCUGGUCGCCCUCAGCUCUUGCUCCGGGGGACUGCGGGGUCUCCUGCAGGUGGGCAGGGAGAUCUACGAAAUUGAACCUGUCCCGGCGUCGUCCACCUUUCAGCACGUGGUGUAUCGCUGGGAAGAAAAGGAGAGCGCCCUGCUCAUGGGGUGCGGGCUGACGGAAGAAGAGCAAAAUCGCCCCGUGUCUGGGACCCAAAACACAGAGGCGGUCGCAGCUAAAAUCUCUCCUGGAGGAGUCUGGUGGUCGCACACCAGGUAUGCCAAAGUGGCAGUUGUGGUGGAACAUGAACGAUACGUCCAGUUUGGCAGGAAUGAAACGGUGGUUGUUACGCAGGUGCUGGAUGCCGUUCAUAUUGCAGAUUCAUUAUACAAGGCCCUCGGUGUUCGUGUGGCCGUGGUUGGACUGGAGAUUUGGUCUCAAAGGAACCUCAUAGAAAUUCCUGAAAGUUUAGAUGAAUUGCUUGACGUUUUCAAUACUUGGAGGAAAAUGACACUCAUUCAACAUCUAAGGCAUGAUGUUGGCCACUUAUUUGUAUAUAAGCAUUUUGGAGUUGAACUCGGGUUAUCGUUUGUAGGAACAGUGUGUGAUCCCCUUUGGGCAUCUGCUGUUGAGGCAUUUAUUACUCCUAGUUUGUUCUCAUUCUCUAUAACUUUUGCUCAUCAGUUGGGCCAUAAUCUGGGUAUGCAACACGAUGAGAAAUACUGUACUUGUAAGCAGCGUUCUUGCAUUAUGACUACAUCACAGAGCAUCACAAGUAAGUUUAGCAAUUGCAGUUACAACAGUUAUUCUCUUCUGAUGAAUAGUGGAAGGAAACAAUGUCUGCUAAUUCCACCGGAACAUGAGAAACUGUUUGAACUCACAAACUGUGGGAACAAAGUGGUAGACAGUGGAGAACAAUGCGACUGUGGCUCACCGCAUCAUUGUAAAUCGGAUGUGUGUUGCCAACCCAAUUGCAUGUUGCAUUCAGGAGCCAUUUGUGCUGUCGGAGCAUGCUGUGCGAACUGUCAGUUUCUCCCAACUGGAACAGUCUGUAGGAAAAGGAGUAGCAUCUGUGAUCUUCCGGAGUACUGCACUGGAAUUUCUGAGUGGUGUCCUGAAGAUGUUUACUUACAGGAUGGUGCUCCAUGCCAGGACGAUGCUUUCUGCUAUCAGGGGGAAUGCUCCACUCACAACAACCUGUGCAAAAUGAUCUUUGGCAAGCAAGCGACAGUUGCCCCAUUAGGUUGCUUCAGAGAAGUCAAUACUCGAGGCGACCGCUUUGGCAAUUGUGGAAUUGUUCGUUCUAAUGUUUAUAAGAAAUGUGAAAAUAGUAAUAUUUUGUGUGGCAAAAUUCAGUGUAUUAACAUUAAUGAAGUUCCUGAUUUGAAUGAGCGCAGCAGUGUAAUUCAGACGCAUCUGAAUUCAAACGUGUGCUGGGGUACAGCUUACCACAGUGGCACGGCUGAUAUUGGAGCAGUGAAAGAUGGCACACAUUGCGGCAGUGACAUGAUAUGUAUUAACAGGGAAUGUAUCAAGGUGUCCCUCCUGAACUAUGAUUGUAAUCAAACAAAAUGCCACAACAGAGGAGUAUGUAACUCUCUUAAAAACUGUCAUUGUAACUAUGGCUGGGCCCCUCCAUAUUGUCUAACUGAAGGCUAUGGCGGCAGCAUUGACAGCGGACCCCCUCCACCAAACAGUGGCGAUGUAGGAAUGACAAGUGCUGUAAUAAUCCUUUCUGUUUCUGCUGCUGCUGUUCUUGGUACUGGGACUGGUAUCUUAUGA